UUGGGGAUUCAAGGGUGCACAGAAAUCUCACCCUCUCUUCUGCUACGUAAGCAACCAGGCUGCCAUCUUUCCGGGGAGCAGUUAACUUCCUGGAGUUGGAGGAUGCUCGGAAGGAAGGGAUGGCGGCUGCGGUUAUGGACGUGUGUCUGCACUCGGGGCAGCAGCAGCCCAGACGCCUGCAGGAAGCACCGGGCACCCCAGAUGGGGGCUUAGAGCCAGCGGCAGAGGGGGCUCUCCAGGAGGAUGGUACCGGCAGACCCCCAGGAGAUUCUAACAAGAUAGAACCAUCUCUUCGUAGCCUCCAGAAGUUUGUUCCCACCGAUUACGCCAGCUACACGCAGGAGCACUACGUGUUUGCAGGCACAGAGAUCGUCAUCCAAGAAUCCAUAGAGAGCUACGGAGCCGUGGUGUGGCCAGGGGCUACGGCUUUGUGCCAGUAUUUGGAGGAACAUACAGAGGAACUGAAUCUCCGAGAUGCGAAGAUUCUCGAGAUUGGUGCUGGACCAGGCCUCGUCUCCACUGUGGCCAGUAUUUUAGGAGCUCAGGUCACAGCAACAGAUUUGCCUGAUGUCCUUGGAAACCUGCAAUACAAUCUUCUGAAGAACACGUCAAAGCGCGCAGCGCACCUGCCAGAAGUGAGAGAGCUGGUCUGGGGAGAGAGCCUGGAGCAGCACUUCCCCAGGUCCACGUUUUACUACGACUAUGUUCUGGCCUCGGACGUGGUCUACCACCACUACUUCCUGGACAAGCUGCUCGCCACCAUGGCGUACCUUUGUCAGCCAGGGACAGUAUUGCUUUGGGCAAACAAAUUCAGGUUCAGCACCGAUUACGAAUUCCUAGAUAAAUUCAAGCAAGUUUUUGACACAACACUCUUGGCUGAAUUUCCAGAGUCAUCAGUCAAAAUUUUCAAAGGAAUAUUAAAAUGGGAUUAGAUUAAACAGAGUGCCUUUCAAAACAUCAGUGUGUCUUUUGAGCAGUGUUAGAAAUCAUACUGUUAAAAAAGGACUUUUUUGAGAUGGGGAAGGUAGUGCGUAACGACGACGUAUGCCAAGAACAAACAUUUCGUAGCAUGGCAGCUUUCUAAAAUAACCUGCUUAGGAUUAUCUGGUUAAUCUAAACAUCUACAAAGAGUAAUAUGAAAACUUAAAAGUAGCUGUGUUGGCUUCCAAAAAGUCUCAAUUGUUUAGCAGACUUUAGGUGAAUAAAUUCAUAAACAAGUGGAUUUUGCCCUUGUUCUUUCUACUGCGAAUCUGUCAGUACUAUACGUUGGUCACAUGCUUUUUGAAAGUAAGCUUGAAAGCGUUCUUCAGUCUUAAGUUUGAAGAAUCUACUCACACAGAUUUUAGCUGUAGCAAAAGGAGAGGCUACUGAGUGACAGAAAACAGUAACAUGGACUAAAAGUGAAAAAUACAGGAAAGGUACUGGAAUAUGGAAAUUGUCAAGGAUGUUGUCUUCAGAACCUCCUGGGAGAAUCCACUCUACAAAUACCCUGCUUCCAUGCCAAUGAAUUGUUGGGAUCAUUUCAAGUUAGAUUUCUGGAUUGUCUGUUUUUCUCCCACAGAUUUAUGAUUAAAAUUUCUAGAAAAGUAGGAAAGAAUGGAAUUUUUUUUUUUGUUCUGAUAAAGGAAGGCUACAAAAAAUCUAAAGCAUCAUGAUUAUAAAAUGUUAAAAGCUUCUUCUCUCAUAGGGGAAAACAAUAAAUAAUUCAGCUACCACCAUUUCUCAGCAUUAUACUUGAAGCUUUAGCCAAUGUGGGAAAGCAAAGGAAUAAAUUGUGCACAUUUAGAAUGCAAGAAAAGGGACACUAUUUGUGGAUGAUAAGACUGUUGAAUGUAAGCCAGGGUCAGCAAACCUUUUGUGUAAAGGGCCAGCUAAUCCAUAUCUUCAGGCCACAUACUGUUUCUACACAGUAUGUGUAUUAUAUUCCUAUUUACAGCCCAUUACAAAAAUUCAAGACCUACUCUUAGCUUGUGGACCCUGCAAAAACUGGCUAUGGAUUGGAUUACAUGGUGGGGGCUCUGGUUUGCUGACCCCUGGGACUGUGGAUAAGCUACAGUGGCAUUACUGGAA